AUGUAUGGUAAUGGCAAGCCAUACGGCAAGGCCGAGUUCGACAAGCUCCUGAGGAACUAUAGUGCUGUAACAGAUGUGCCCUGCAUCAGCUUCGCGGACGAGCUGAUCCAAGCCUACCCAAAAGCAAAGGUCGUACUCACCACGCGCGAUCCAGCCAAGUGGAUCGUUUCUUUUGAGAGCCUGAUUCUCAAGAUUGCCGAGAGCGAUGAGUAUAAAUGGGUCAGAGCAGUAGGGUGUAUUGAUACUGAGUUUCUUGGGCCGUAUCUCGACUGGAUAAACAUGUUCCUGCGAUACUGGACCAAUGGUGACUGGCAGAACCGAGAGAAACUAAUUCAGGCCAUGCUCGAUGAAGGAUUGGCAGAACUUAUUUUUUCUCUCGAAUUUGAGCAAGGAAGCGGGUCUGACAGAAAAAAUCACUCGUUCGCCCUUACGCACUAA